AUGCCGCUUUUCGAUCAGGAUCCCAACGGCGGCGGCCGCAACUCGCGAGCCUCCAACGUCUCUGCCAUGAGCCGAGCAUCAGGUAAACCCGUAUCGCGGGCACCCAGUGCAGACCUUCAACCUCUGAACCGCGGCGUCACGUCCAUGCUCCGCACCGAGACCGAGAUAGGCGACGUUAGCAUCGGCCGUCCUAAGUUCGACGACUUGUCUGCCAUGAGCAACGCACCACGUCCGCUGCGUUCGCGCGCGACCAGCAGGAUGUCGCAAGUUUCUUCCACGUCCAACACUUCCAGUCGGGGCAGCAAGCAGCACUUCCGUUCCUACCCCUCCUCGUCUUCUGCACCGCGCCAGCCAAUGCAACACCAUGGGCCCGUGUAUAAUGCCGACACGCUGUCUCCAACGAUGAUGAACGCCACCGGAUCAUCGCCUUUCAACAACCGAAGAGACAACCGCGACAGGGACGCGCAUCGCUCGCACUCGAUGACGAAUACCGUACAGCCCCCAGCGUACGGCCUCUCCAGCAACAGGUCUAUUCCCAGCUUGCGCCCUCGGCCAGCGUCCCGAUCUUCGAACCCAAGCCCAUACUAUGCACACCCCGCCGGGGGUGGUUCCAGGCAGCCUGUUCCAUACUCGCGAUCGGUCCAGUCCGCCCUGAGCGACGACAGCGGAGUACACUUCCAAGGGCCGCGGAGCUACGACGGUCAGCGACUGCCCUAUGCUGGCCACGCACAAGGCUACGGCAACCCAGGAUACACAAAUCAUACGUAUCGGCAGCAGCAUGCUGGACAAGGACAAGACCAACGAGGCUUCAACACCCGACAGGGCCCCGGGCAGAUGAGGACCAAGAAUCCAGCUUCUCGGUCGACGAUGAGCCUUGAAGAUCCCCCCGUGGAAGACGACGACUUUCCUCCCUACCACGCGGCUUUCGGACAACUCGUGUCUCGCAGGAUGACAGGCAACUCCGCCCGCGAGCCUCGUUCAGAAGAUCGAAGAGAGCGCAGGCGUCAGGAUGAACAUCAGCCACCUUUACCAGCCGAUCACCGCCAACGGAUCGCUGCUGAACAAGCUCGUCUCAAGAGGUCUGCGCCUGCUUCCAUGUCCAGUUUUAACACAAACUUGCGUACCGAAUCAGAGCCGCCAUCGUCCGACAUGACAAUGCCAUCAACUCCGAAAGAUGGUAGCUCCAUGGAAGUGCACCGAAACCUCGAUAGAAACAAGGUCUUCAAAGCCGCCAACCCGAACCGCCUUGUUAUUCAGGAAGAGUAUCCUUCAGUACCAUACUACAACACGAGUGACCAGCUCGGACCUGUGGCGUCUGCGGACCCAGGGACGGAUGCUGAUCCCGACGGCUUCAUAGACCGAAAGAUAACCACUGUCGAGCAGUCUCGUCAGGCUGGGGCGACAUUGAAGAGUGAUUCUUUUUUAGGACAAGAGGCACGACCAAUGUCGAUGGAGGUCGUGUCUCCCCACCUAGACAACAUCGCUACCAUUACCACUGGAUCUAGCAUCCUCGACUCGUCCACUCUUGAAUUCGCAGUCCAGCAUUCCAUACCAACGGCCAAUAGCGGUGGCUUCCAAAACGAGCCCGGUGUCAAAAUUCAUGCUACCACGAACAUGUCUCUCAGUCCUGGUAAUAGUACCGGCGAUGGUAUGUCGGAUGUUCUUGCAGGAUAUCAGGGAUCUGAUUAUAAGAACGAGACCGACGCUUUGGUACGAACCGAGACGGCCAACGAGAGCAGGUAUGAGGAGCACACAGAUGCUUCAACAGAAAAUGACAUGAAGCCGCUGCCUCUUGCCCUUCGAUCCAGAAGUAGCCACGCACAAGGGUCGUCCGAUGAGCUGUCCUUCAAGUCUUGUACCGAUCUGCCAGAUGUCUCUUCAGGCUUGAUACCAUUCGAGCCAGGGAAAGAAGACAUCAAAGCGUCUUCCACAUCCGCCAUUGACUUUGCGCCGCAGCGAGAUACGGUAUCGAAGGAAGCAGACACUCACUCUUUUGCGACUGGUGUGCACCCUAUCCGUGCUAGUUUCGCAGCUCCGCCUCGACUCCAAACGUCCAACCUAGGAACGGUGGUCUUGAAUCAGGGCAGGACGAUUGUGGAGGCACCCUUGUCCAAGCCCUCUUCUGCUAUGCUUCGCAAACAGCCUCCUAUACCGCGUCGAGAAUCCAGCUUUUCUAUCGUAGCGAGCAAAUUGCGGACUAGCUCCAAGCAGAGCAUGAAGCAAGGCUCGAUAUCGGUAUCUGGUUCGUCAUCCACGCUGGGCACUACGCACCAGGGGCCAGCGGUACCGCCCCGAGAGUCAAGCACUUCCAAGGAGGCCCAACGUGUGCACGCCGCAGUCUCGUUCUUGAUGCGUCCACUACCGUUGCGCUUUGCCAGGUCUCGGAAGUAUACUGACCAAGAGGAGCUACCGAAGUCAGAUGAGACGGUCACAUCUGCUUCCAGUUCGAGUCAAGACACGGACGGCGUUAUCAGUCUCAAUGAGAUGACCAGCUCACCGCCACCCGCCAUGGAGGUAAAGAAGACGCCGCAAGCACCGUCGACCAGGCCAAAAGGUGUACCUGUUGCGAAGACGCGAGCUAUCAGCUUCGACACUCCGAAAGCUUGCAACCCAUCCAAGAUGCCCGGUAGUAGCCCGGCUCCUGUUGCGCAACCAAUCGACAGCCCGGUUCCUGCGAUUUUGGAGCCCUCCUCUGUGUACUCGAUCCAUGACACCUCCUCAGGCUCAUGUGUAGACUCCGCGGAUGGACUUCCGGUAGCCCAAGAGCCUGGCCAUCGUGACAGCCAGACUACGACACACCUCGAUUGGAAUGGAUAUAGGCCUUCCUCCCACGGUGGUGGCCUCCAGCAGGUGUCGCUACGCCCUCUGAGCGGUGUUGGAAAUCUUUUGAAUUCUUUGGGAUCGGGUCCUUUGUCCAACAUCCAAGAGAAUACUACGACGGACCUCAGAUUAUCCGGAUAUAGGUAUCCUGGCCCUGCGCGUUAUCUGCCUGACCUGAAGGAGGAGUCGCAUGAGGACUCGAGCCUCAACACGAGUGCCAGCAAUCUGAAGAGCUCGAGUUGCCGCUUUCCGUUCGGCGCGCCGUCGGGGGUCAGGGCUUCGGGAGAGGAACCGAUCAACUUCUCGGGAAGGUCGUCUAGAGCGUCGCAUCGUCGGAGUGCUGUUGGCAGCAACGUGGGUAGCGCGCUCGGACAGGCACACGGUUUGCCUUCGAUGCGGUUUAGUCGGAUGAAUCUGUUCGAUGGUCUGACCGAGGACCUUGGCCUUCGUUACUCAAGGUCAAUGGAAGAGGUGCCCAAUGCGUCGCAGAGGGUGAGCAGAGGUAGUCCACGGCCUGCAUCAGCCGGUGAUGUCACGGACCUGCGCCUUUCUCUCGCCGAAUUGAAUGAAGCAGAGCGCUCAGGGUUGUCAAUGCAGCCUACCGCCGUGUUGAACUUGUUCGCGAUGCACCGUGCUCGUUCACCGGAGCUCAUGGCAGAGAUUGAGCGGCUGACUAUACCUUCUGUCGGGGGGCUUACCCAGCGCCUCUCAGAGAUCUUCCCGUCGUUGAGGGAAUACUACAAGUGCGGUGAGCCAGCCGAGUUUCCGAUUGAGGAGGAGAUGGAGAAGCACGCAUUGGAGGAGAUCCACGAGAUCCAUCCGACGCAGAAACGCUCAUCUGCUCGACUUCGCCCCAUGCGUGGCGUCUCGCACAUGGUUGUUAUCGAGGACGAUCUGUAUGAUGAGAUCACAAGCAAGGAGAGGGGAUGUGGCAGUCCAGGCCGUCCCGACGAUGGAGUUGGUGUAAACGGCGCUAGCGAGGCAGACUCAAAUACAGGCAGCUCCCCCAAGGACGACGACGCACCGAGCACACCAACACACAACAAGACGACUCCGCUCUCAGAGCUGCGAGUCCCAUCACCAGCUGUUCUCCGUCCGCGCUCUCACACCGUCGGCCCUCAAGAGCUUCGCAUCUCAGGGGAGUCCGCUCUUUCCGUAAGAAGGUCUCUCAGGUCGUUUGUUUCUACGCCCACAGUAACCGAGACGCGUCCCUGGAAUUCAGACAAGAAUUAUCCCUGGGCGACGUCAACAAACCCCGCUAUUGACAUCUCCCUUCCUCGUCCAGCUGCUGCGAGACACUCUCCUCACCCAGGCCCUUCCCACCUCCGCAACAGACUCUCUGACGCGUCUACCACAAGCUCCUUCUCGACAGCGCAGACAGCCACAGCUUCCCCGUUCGGAUCACCGGCCGAUAGCACCGCACACGCGCGUCAUCACCGCUUCAGCACCUUUGGCCGCAACAGCGACCAGCCACACGCAGUCGGUGAACGCUACCCCACCUCUGCCCUGUCACCUCCUACAGCUAUCUUCCGCGACCACCUGUCAGCCUCUGACACUUCUGACGACGAGCACUACGACACCACACGCAAGACUAGGCUCUCGCUCCGCAAGCGCUUUUCGUCAACUCGCAAAGCUACGCUUGACAGCCAAUCAAACACUCGAGCUGGUCGAAGCAAGACCAACGCACAAGACCUCGCCUCGCCUGAGUCGACCAAGCAGUCAACCACCUCACUCCUCCAAGAUCGUGCCGGUGAAGCUCAAGCUUUCACGUCAUCUACCACCGCCAACCGCCAUACCUUCCGUGACGCGGAGGGCAUGAGAGCAGUUGACUACCGCAAACACCGCAUCAUCGACCGCCUCAAGACCUGGUGGCACAAGGGCUCGCACCUGAUCCGUCAACUUUCAACCCGAAAACACUAA